AUGAGCUCGCAAUGCACGAGCCAUGCGCUAGGUGCGCGUGCGCCGCGAAACGAGCAUGGCUUCCGGCCAGGCUCCAUAGUCCGUGUGGCUUGUGAGCACUUUGUCACGUACGAUGCCGUCGAGUUCCGCCCAGGGCCAUACCUGAACAUGAUCAUUGGGCCCAAUGGCACAGGCAAAAGCACCGUCGUAUGUGCGAUUGCAUUAGGACUCGGGUGGAAACCCAGCGUGCUUGGACGCGCCAAGGAUGUCGCCUCGUAUGUCAAGCUCGGGCACACACAAGGUUGGGUGGAGAUUGAACUUCAAGGAUAUCCGCCACCACAGCGAAACGUGACGAUCAAGCGCAUUCUCUUCCGCGAGUCGAAUACAAGUGACUGGAUCCUAGAUGGAGUUGCUGCUUCUGCGCGCGAAGUACACCAAGCAGUAUCGCAGUUCAACAUCGAAGUAGGCAAUUUAUGUGCAUUUCUCCCACAAGAUCGUGUCGCAGACUUUGCGGCUAUGACGCCACAGCGUCUUUUGCAAGAUACCGAGCAUGCAGCAGGGCAUGCACAGCUGUCUGAUUGGCACAUGCAGCUCAUAGAAUGUGGCCGCCAAAAGUCGGAACUACAAUCUCGGCUUGAACAAGAGCAGCGUGAACACGACUACUUGGAAGAACGGAACACUGUGCUCGAACGCGACGUUCGCCGCUAUGAAGAGCGCAUCGCGCUAGAGAAACGUGUUUGUGCUUUGGAGGUGCGCAUUGCAUUCGCAGAAUUUCAUGACUCAAAGUCUCGCUACCACGCUGCACAUGCGAAACGGGAAGAAGCGAAGCGGGCGCUUGAACGGAUCUUCCAGUCUAUUGAGCCUUUGGAGCAGGAGCUGGAACGCGCGCAGGAGAAGCUCGACAAAAUGGAGCUCGUUUCCUCCUCGCAUCGUCGCGAGGCUGAUGAUGCUAGUUCCGCCCUGCGCCGUUACUCAACGGCUCGUGAGCGGCUUGACGCCGAGAUGGCCGCUUUGAGCGAGCAAGAAAAGCGUCUGGAGGCUCAGGCGGCCGAGAGACGCGAGCUCAUGCAACAGAUGCGCAGCCGCAUCGCUGACUUGGAACGCGCUAUCGAGGCAAGAGCAACACCAGAACCCCUAGCUCCGUACGAGCAGCGGCUUCGUGCCGUCAAAGCGGAGCACCGAAUGGCUUCGGAGGACCUACGUGAUAUGGACUCACAAAGCGCAGAUUUGUAUACCCAGCAGCAGCGACUAGCGUCGCAAAUGGCCGAGGCACGUGUUUCGCUUGAAAGGCUGCAUACGGAACGGCACCAGCGGCUACAGCUCCUAGCACGAGCGGAUCGCGAUACAUUUGAGGCUGUGCAGUGGCUACAGCAUCACCAAGACAUGUUUGAACGCACCGUGUAUGAACCAGUCCUGAUAGCCGUGCACAUCAACCGGCCGGAAGCAGCUCGUGCCAUUGAGACAUGUCUAAGUUGGCCGAUCCAGCGCACUUUCGUGUGCCAGACGCGCGCGGACUACGAUCUUUUUACGCAUGAGCUCAUUGACAAGCGCAAAUGGCGCUUGAAUGUUGUCGAAUUGGAAGCAGCUCGUUCCCUUGCUUCAUAUACGCCUCCGAUUCCCAAAGCCGAUCUUCUUAGCUUGGGUUUCGAUGCAUAUGCACUCGAUUGCAUUGAUGCACCUGAAGAGGUGCUCAAAUACCUUUGCAGUGCCGCAAGCUUGCAUGCGAUUCCGUUGGAUCUCCGUGGCCGCGUGCGACCACAGGACAUGGAGUCUCGACAGGCCGUUCGCCGCUACAUUGUCGCCGAUACCAUCUUCACAACGACCACGUCGAGCUAUGGCCGCCGGUUGCCCCAGACCAUGUCUCGUGUGCUGAAGCCACUGCGCAGCUUCGCACAUACCAGCGAUCAGCAGGAACGACAAAAUGCUGCUGCUGUACUCCGUCACCUGGAGGAGCAGCAUACUGCCUGUCAAGCGUCCAUACAACACGCCAAAUCAAUGCGUGAGCAGCAUGCAGCCCGUGUCGACUCCCUGUCGCAGCAGCGUUCAGAGGCUGCUAGUGCAUAUCAGCUAGUAGCUGAUGCCCACAAGGAGUCGCAGCGCCUAGAACUGAAGCUGCAGUCCCAGCGCGAUCGACUUGCGCACGAAGAAGCACAGCCGUCACUCGCCGUUCAGCGGCGCGAGAUCCAUGCAACUCGACAGAAAUAUGCAGUCGAGCUUUCGAAGCUCGCUGAACGCUCGUUCCGGUGUUUUGAAGCAAUCGUACGCUCCAAUGCCGCGAGCGACGAGACUCUGUUAGCUUCACUGCAUGCAUGUACCGACGUCCAAACCUGUCGUGCAUCGCUUCGUGAACAGCAGACUCGUAUCGAGGAAAGUGAGCAGGCUGUUCGGGCCGCAGUGGCUGAAUUCACGACAAUCAAGACACGGACGCUUGAGCUGAAGCGAUGUGCGGAACAGAAGCUCCAAGAGGCUGGUCCUGACGUCCAGUCGCUAGUCCAGACUUCGCUUGAAGACGGCAGGCACGAAUCUGUUGAGCAUCUCCAUACGCUUCUCGACCGCGCCAGGGCGCAGCUGGACGUGCCAUGGGGUGUGGGUCCUGGUGUGAUGGAGACGUUCCGCGCACGCAAAGACAAGAUGGCCGAGCUAAAGCGGACUAUUGAGCAGGCACGAAGCGAGCAAAAUCGUCUCGUAGCUCUUAUUGAGCAAGUGGAAGGCAUGUGGCUUCCUGAGCUUGAGGCAUUGAUCCGCGCUGUCAAUGAACGUUUCUCAGCAGCCUUCGCACGCCUGGGAUGUGCGGGCGAAGUGCACUUGGCGCGCGAUGAUAACUACGAGAAAUGGGGCAUUGAUAUCUUGGUCAAGUUCCGCGAUACAGAACGGCUUCAAUUGUUGACGAACCAGCGACAAUCGGGCGGCGAGCGCUCGUUGUCUACGAUUCUAUAUCUACUAAGUCUGACCGAAUUGUCUCGCACACCGUUCUCGCUUGUCGAUGAGAUCAAUCAGGGAAUGGACCCACGCGCGGAGCGCGCCGUGCAUGAUCAAAUGGUUGCUAUGACUUGCCAACCACAGGCAGGACAGUAUUUUCUCAUCACGCCAAAACUAUUACCUGGACUCUUGUAUCAUGAGCUCAUGAAAGUGCUCAUCAUCAACAAUGGCGAAUGGCUUCCGGAACGACUUUCAUGUACGUUGUCUGAAAUCCUACUCACACACAUACACUCUCUUUAG